AUGGGGACCAAAGUUGCCCUCUAUUCAUUGUUUUCUUUGGGCAUGCUCAUUACCAUUUUGGGGAACUCUGUUGUCAUUGUGUCAGUAGGUCAUUUCAAGCAGUUGCAUCAUCCUACCAAUAUGCUUAUUUUGUCUCUUGCUCUUGCGGACCUUCUUGUGGGUGUUACUGUGAUGCCCUUCAGCGCCAUCCGGACCAUUCGUGGCUGCUGGUUCUAUGGGGAUGACUUCUGUCUGCUGCACUCCAGUUUUGAUUUGUUUCUCACCACUGUCUCUAUUUUCCACCUAAUUUGCAUUGCUAUAGACAGGCAACAAGCAAUAUGCAAUCCUCUGCAUUAUUCAAGGAUUUUCACAAUGUCAGUGGCCUGGAUUAUGGUAUGUGCUAGUUGGGCACUGGCUGCUGUCUAUUCUUUUGGACUACUUUACUCAAAGGCCAACGAAGCAGGGAUAGAAGAUUAUAUGGCAUCAAUAAGUUGCCUUGGCAGCUGUAACCUUGUCUUUAACCCCCUUUGGGGACUCCUAGACAAUGUAAUCGGCUUUUUCUUUCCUUGCACUUUGAUGGUUUGUCUGUACACUAACAUAUUUAUUGUGGCUAAUGAGCAUGUAAAAAAAAUUGAAGAUAUUAGCAAAAGUUCAAUUAACAGAGGCAGAGGUGGGCUGAUUAAACAGUCUGAGCAUAAAGCUGCAAAAACUCUGGGUAUUGUGCUUGGUGCAUUCAUCUUUUGUUGGAUGCCCUUUUUUACAAAUUCUAUAAUUGAUGCCUACACUGGCUUCAGUACACCUGCUUCUGUCUUUGAAGCAUUUGUUUGGUUGGGUUACUUCAAUUCAACACUAAACCCAAUUAUUUACGCAUUAUUUUACCCCUGCUUCAGAAAAUGUUUUCAUUGUAUUGUGACUCUAAAAAUAUUUUCCACAAAUUCAUCAACCAUGACUAUAUCUGUUAAAUGA